AUGGACACACGAACUGGGAUUAUUCUUCAUGGAGGUGCAUCGGAAUCAUGGAUAGGGGACGAAGCCUCGCAUGCUACCACCAGGGCUUUCUUGAAGAGCCUUGUGAUCAAGGCCGAGAAGCGCCUCCGGGCUGGUUUCAAAGCUGUCGAUGUAGCUACUGAGAUAGUAGCAGAGCUCGAGGACUUCCCCGAGUUCAAUGCUGGCAGAGGAGCGGCUGUCAAUCGAGACGGCGUUCACGAGGUACGAAUCACUUAUAACAUGAUCCAGAUCGACUUGUCGUAUGCAUGCCAUGCUAACUAUUCUGAUUGCAAGCUUGAGGCUGGGAUCAUCAACGGCAGGACGGCUGCUUACCGAGCUGUAACAUGUCUCCAAAAUACAAGGAACCCCAUCAAGCUAGCCAGGGCCAUGCUUGACUCUAGCGAUGCACACACACCUGUCUUCAUGGCAGGAGAAGGAGCCGAUAAGCUCGCCAGCCGCCUUGGCUUAGAUAUGGUGGCUAACACUUUCUUUACAACGGAGAGGCGCCUGGAUUACUGGCAAAAACACAGAGCGGAAGUCCUUGAACAUGGUACCGUUGGUGCGGUUGUUCUGGACUUACAUGGCCACUUAGCUGCGGCUAAUUCAACCGGAGGCAUGAUGUUUAAAUAUCCUGGAAGAAUCGGCGAUACCGCCAUUUCAGGCGCUGGAUUGUACGCCGAUCAACAAAUCGCCGUGGCAUGCAGUGGCGGAGGUGAAGCCAUUCUGACGUCCAUGCUGGCUAGUCGCGUUGCAAAUCUGUACCGCAGCGGCCUCAAGCUUGAGACAGCUGUGAAGAAGGCCAUGUGGGAUGCCACUGGCACGUGUCCCUCUCUGUCUUGUGGUAUUAUCGCCAUCACCGCGGAUGGCAAGCAGACGGCGCAAUGCAACAGCAGGCUCUUCGCUAUCGGCUCGGCAGGGCUUGGGUCUAGCCUCCAAUAUGGGUUGAUAGGCUGCACAAUGCCCAUCAUUGCGCCACUUUGCUGUUUUGAAGACGACCUGGUCCGAGUCGGGGUAUCGAAGCAUCCAACACGGCAAGGUCAACUCACCUUCUGCCUCAAAGACACAAGCCUGAUUGCAAUGGACCAGAAGCAGGUGGAGAAUCUCUUUGGUUCGCUUAGGCGUGUUGCGAAAGCCCUGCUGAGUCUCGGCGGCGCCGACAGUGUGGCUAUGGUGACGUUCACAGGUGGUAGAGGCGGCCACUUGUUCGGCAUUCGUAGCACAGGCAGCAUAUCUCCGGCAUCAACUGACUUGAAGGAAGAUUCGGCUUUCAGAGCCCAUAUCAAGAUUGACAAAACGGUCGAGCCUUUGCAAGUGGUAAUAGAUUCGUGGCAGUCGUCCGUGCCCCGGCGCUCCUCCGGGUUCCUCUUAGCACCAGCGGUCGAAUUCCGGGCUAUCGUGGCCGGGGUCUGGGCCGCCUUAAGCCGCGGCUUACGGGUGGCCUUACAGACACCGCUGCACUGGGCUAUCGCCGCGGAUCCAUUCCACGACGAUCUCAUGUUGCUCUGUUUCACCCAUGAUAAACAUCACUGGCCCAACGCCGCCCCAUUUCAGUCUGACAAUAUCGGCCAAUUGGGUCUGACGAGCGCGCUGGGCCGGAGGAUUUUGGACCUCGAACCUCUCUGCGUCACGGCAGAGAGGUUGCGUACCAAGCUAGAGUGUCAUCAAACGAACGUCAAAUAG